UAUUCGCCUCUUCUCUCUUCUUCCCCUUUAACAACAACAUCUGAGAAUCUGUGAUUAGCAAAGAAAGAAGACUUUUCUUGAUAGAUAUAGAUUGAGAGGAGGAAAACAAAAUAAAGACGAUAUGGACAAUGGAGGCAAACCUGCUGUGUCCGCCAUGGAAGCCUUCGAGAAGCUUGAGAAAGUCGGUGAAGGGACUUACGGGAAAGUUUACAGAGCAAGAGAGAAGGCUACUGGGAUGAUUGUCGCUUUGAAGAAGACGCGUCUCCAUGAGGACGAAGAAGGCGUUCCUCCCACCACUCUUCGCGAGAUCUCCAUCUUACGCAUGCUCGCUCGCGAUCCCCACAUCGUUAGGUUGAUGGACGUUAAGCAAGGAGUGAACAAAGAAGGCAAAACCGUACUCUACCUGGUUUUCGAGUACGUUGACACUGAUCUCAAGAAGUUCAUCAGAAGCUUUAAGCAAGCUGGACAGAACAUUCCUCAGAAUACCGUCAAGUGCUUGAUGUACCAACUAUGCAAAGGCAUGGCUUUCUGCCAUGGCCAUGGAGUGUUGCACAGGGAUCUCAAACCUCACAAUCUCUUGAUGGACCGGAAGACAAUGACGCUCAAAAUAGCAGAUCUUGGAUUAGCCAGAGCUUUCACUCUCCCAAUGAAAAAGUACACACAUGAGAUACUAACGCUGUGGUAUAGAGCUCCAGAAGUCCUGCUUGGAGCAACCCAUUACUCAACUGCAGUGGAUAUGUGGUCUGUUGGCUGCAUUUUUGCCGAACUAGUGACCAAGCAAGCAAUCUUUGCUGGAGACUCUGAGCUCCAACAGCUGCUCCGUAUUUUCAGGUUGCUGGGAACACCAAACGAAGAAGUCUGGCCAGGAGUGAGCACACUCAAGGACUGGCACGAAUACCCACAAUGGAAACCGUUGAGUCUCUCAACAGCUGUUCCAAACCUCGACGAGGCCGGACUUGAUCUCUUAUCUAAAAUGCUGGUGUACGAGCCAGCGAAAAGAAUCUCUGCAAAGAAGGCCAUGGAGCAUCCUUACUUCGAUGACCUACCUGACAAGUCCUCUCUCUGAGAAGCUCUCGAUAUGGCCACAAUUAUAAAAUUGGUUCGUAGCAUAGAUGGUCAAGUAUGAAAACUCUAGUUCGAAUGUGUUUAAUGCUCAUUUUCUCUUGUUUUUCUUUUUUUAAAGACCUCAACAUAGUAGAGGAGACUUAUCAUUUUCUCUUUGAUGUAAGAAAAAAAAAAAAAAUCUUCCCUUUAGGCAUUAACCAAACAUUUGUUUUUUGCCCACAUAGAUUUUAAUCAUUGAUUCGCUCAGAACUUUAUCUCUGGAUUGUAAAACGUUACUUGUAUAACCUCCAACUUAAGAAAUUCAUCAAUUGCUCUAA